GAUCCUGGCGCUCCGACUACCGACCAUGUACGGCCUCCUGAAGGCCAACAACAACGGCAGGUGCAACCACGGCCCCAAUGCCCAUGCAGUACUGCAGGGCAAACACGAGGACGGGACAUUCAAAACGAGCAGCAAAAAGACGUACCCACCAUCAAUGUGCAAGGCCAUUGCACAGGCCAUGCACGACAGCAUCUUGGACGCUUAUCACAAUGGAAUGGACGUGCCAUCAGACAUGCUACCACAGCUCACACAGGAUCACAACGACUCCAGCAUCCGACAAUUCUUUGUACCGUGGUCCGACGAGGAGUGCUUCUGGGAGGCCCCAGACUACGCCGGCAAGAAGGGUACCAAACACAGA